GAGGGGUCAGACGCUUCACGGUGGGACGACGAGCAAAGAGAGGAGUGAACAAGGGGAGCCAGAUAGAUUGGUGGGUUUUUAAAAAGACUGCUUGAAUUUGUUGAUCUCAGGUUUCUUCUUUGUUUUGCUUCAUCAGGAGAAACGCGUUACAGGCCACUCGAUAGAAAGCGAACUCAUAAAAUAGGGCAGAUGCGUCUGGCGUAGCGUGGGGCUGAAACGCCCAAAUAUAGAGCAGCAAACGUUUGGAAUUACAAUCACGUCCUACCGCUUGGAAAAUCUGAAACUGGCCAUAGAGAAGCCCGUUUCGAUAGGCCACGACCUCACAUCGGGACUUUAACGAAACCAAAAACAAAGUGUGUAUGGAGCAGUGUGAGAAUGCCGCAUCUCUCCUGGCCUCUGUGCGAGAGCAGGAGAUGCAGUUUGAGCGUCUGACUCGAGCUCUGGAGGAGGAGAGGAGGAGCGUGGGGCCCUCCGGUACCCUACCCCGCCCCCUCCCCACCCUGCAGAACGGCCGUGUCACUGGUGAUGCAGAGUUAGAACGGCUCAAAUUAAGCGAGGGAUACAUAAACGGGACUCAGUACAGGAUGUUGGACCCUGGUCAUAUUGUUGAGUCGGUCACAGUCGAGGAGGACCCCCAUGAGUCGAUGCCAAUUAUUUCAGUUGAAACCAGUGAUGAUGGAACCACACGUCGCACUGAGACUACAGUAAAGAAGGUCACAAAGAUGACCACCACACGAACAGUCAUUCCCUCAGUCUCCGACACACUUUCCCUGGAUGGCACAGGUUCAGUCACUGGGAUACCCAGUUAUAAUACCCCAAUGGACCGUGUGUACAGACCACCGGGUGGCCCCAUGGACUACCCCACCACUACUGUCCCCCGUAACUACCACUAUGGACCACCAGGUGGCUAUGAUGAUUACCGCAGCGGCCCUCCUUCUGAAGUCUACGCCAGCCUCAACCGAGGGACACGAAUGGAUGACCGCUACAGGCCUGUGGAUGGCUAUCGCACGCUGGACUCCGCCUAUCGCACCCACAGCCGGCCGCAGUUGGACCCGUAUGCAGCCCAGCCCCAGGUAGGACGUAUGGGCAGUGCUAUGGAGAUCUCUGGCAUGCAGCGCUUUGUACCAGAGCCAUAUGGCUUGGAGGAUGAUCAGAGGAGCCUGGGAUACGACGAACCCGAUUAUGGCAUGGGACCACCCAUGCAUUACAGCACAAUGCCCCGGUUGGCACAUGCACACCAUGCCCCACCUCCACGCCGGACAGGGUCAUAUGAGGGCACACUGGAUGGUGAUAUGAGUGGUGCUGGUGAUAUGUAUUAUUGGGGAGGAGGUGCUCCGCUGGCUCAGGGAGAGAGAGGCAGCAUGGCAUCAUUGGACAGCACUCUUCGUAAAGGCCCCGCCCCCACAUCAUGGAGGCAACCGGAACUUCCUGAAGUCAUCGCUAUGCUCAACUACCGCCUGGACCCUGUCAAAAGCAACGCUGCAGCAUACUUGCAACAUCUCACUUUUAAGAAUGAUAAGGUGAAGUCAGAAGUAAGACGACUGAAGGGGAUCCCUGCCCUUGUGUCCAUGCUGGAUAACCCAAAGAAGGAGGUUCAUUAUGCUGCAUGCGGAGCGCUCAAGAACAUCUCAUACGGACGAGAUCCAGAUAACAAGAUAGCCAUCAAGAACUGUGACGGAAUUCCCGCGCUGGUGCGGCUACUGAGGAAGACACGAGAUCAGGACCUUACCGACUCCAUAACAGGCACGCUGUGGAACCUCUCAUCUCACGACUCUGUAAAGAUGGAGAUCGUGGACCACGCGCUGCAUGCCUUGUCUGAUGAGGUGAUGGUUCCUCACUCGGGCUGGGAGAGGGGGAACGAAGGGGGAGAGGAGAGCUGCAAACCCAGACACUUGGAGUGGGAGACAGCACUCACUAACACCACCGGCUGCUUAAGGAAUGUGAGCUCGGAGCGGAGCGAGGCCAGGAGGAAGCUGAGGGAGUGCUCUGGACUGGUCGACUCUCUCAUGUACAUAGUACAGUCACAGAUCAACUGUAAAGAUGUGGACAACAAGCUGAUUGAGAACAGCGUGUGUCUGCUGAGGAAUCUGUCCUAUCAGGUCCAUCGGGAGAUACCAGGCUGUGAGCGCUAUCAGGAGACGACUCCUGUCAAUCAGGGCCCCGCCCCUUCCCAAAAGGGCGGCUGCUUCAGCUCCCGAAAGGGCAAAGACGAGUGGUUUUCCAAAGGAAAAAAAGAGGAUGAUGGAACUUCAGAUACGAUUGACAUUCCAAAGAGAAGCACACCAGCCAAAGGUUAUGAAUUGCUGUUCCAGCCAGAGGUUGUGCGUGUGUACACUUCUCUCCUGAAAGAGAGCAAGAACCUGUCGGUUCUUGAAGCCGCCGCGGGGGCUGUGCAGAACCUGUGUGCAGGCCGUUGGACUUAUGGGCGGUACAUCAGAGCAAUGGUGAGACAGGAGCAUGGCCUGCCGAUGAUGACGGAGCUGUUGUCUCAUGGGAACGACCGUGUGGUCAGAGCCAUGUCUGGAGCUCUGAGAAACCUGGCCAUUGACGCUCGUAACCGUGAGCUGCUAGGGAAGCAUGCAGUGCCUAACUUGGUGGCCAAUCUGCCCGGCGGUGGUCAGAGUCAGCCUGUGCGCUUGCUCUCAGAGGAGACGGUGGUGUCUGUUCUCAGCACAAUGGUGGAGGUGGUCGGCUCCAGCGUGGAUGCGGCCAAAACCCUGCGCAGCUCCCAGGGCAUCGAGAGACUGGUGCUCAUCAACAAAGACAGCAACCGUUCAGAUCGAGAGGCGCGUGGUGCAGGGCUGGUGCUGCAGAUCGUGUGGGGCUUCAAGGAGCUCCGCCGCACACUGGAGAAAGACGGCUGGAAGAAAACAGACUUCAUGGUGAACCUUAACCCUCCUAACAACACCCGGAGCAACGGGGGAUACGAGGACAGCACCCUGCCGCUAAUAGACAGGGGGGGCAAACAGGACAGAGACAUGAUUCCUCUUAAUGACAUGGGACCAGAUGCUUACUCUACGCUAGACCAGAGAGGACGGAGAAACACUUUAGACGACACUCUGGAUCGCUCUGACAGAGAGGCACCUCAGAAAAACUGAUCGUGUGCAUCACCCGCCGUGAGUUUCCUCCUCCUGCCUACUGUCCCUGCUGAGCCUCUGAUCAGUUCUCAUCACUUAUGGGACCAUAGCCACUAAUUGCAACGACGCUUCAGUAGUUUUCAACAUUCUCAUGUUGUCACUCUCCUGCUCUCAUUGAGAUCAAUGUGAUUGCAAACAGCCACUACUUAAAAUGGACUCAAUGAAUUCCUUUCUCGAUCUUGGUCCAUGCCACUGUUUUUCAUGUCAAAUAAUGGAAACACUAGGGACUACAAACUCUGUUUAGUCACAUCCCCAUCUUAUCGAGCUUUAUAAAUCAUUUCUUUUUCUUUUUUUUGGCUUAUGCAUCUAUUAGAACACUAGUAUAGUAUGGCGUUGGUAUUUUGAUUAUUUUGCUUCAUCCUGCUUUGUGGUUCACAUUGAAAAAAUGUAAUGCCAAAUUGCAUCAAUCAUAUGUGGCCUGCAGAAAAUAAUGUAUAUAGACUUUCUCAGUAAGUUUUAUGUCUCAUUGGUGCAUUGCAAUGGGCAUGAGGCCUUUUUUUUUUACUUUUUUUUGGUCAUUGUUUUCUAAAAGCACUAGACGACCACCAAUUCCCCUUUAGUUAUCCAUCUGUGGUUUUUUGGAUAGUCUCGUGGAGUGUUCAGUCUCUAGGAAGGGUUUGUUGUGAAAGCGUUGAUGAAGCAUUAGAAAAGAGGCAGAGGGAUAUUUGAUUGGGAGAUUUUUUUUUUUUUAAAACCAGUAGCAUUCAAGAAAGUUCUCUAGUGGUAGGUGAGUAUAGUUUUGUUCUUUGGGACUCCUUACGUUG